AUGGACACGUCUCCGCCCUCGUCGCCUGUACGAGCCACUGCAUCUGGUCUGGCAACUCCUGUGACUCUGAACAAAGAGUCAAUGACCACCCAGGUCAUUGCCGAGAUCAAAGCAAGGGCGUAUGCAACCAUCUCACUUGCCUGCCAUCUCACUGUCCCGCGCACUAUCCCUCUCGCUUGCUCACUCAUCUCAUACGCCUACCGCCUGCCCAUCAUCCCGCUCGCCACCUCGCUCACCCGCCAUCUUCAGGAGAAGUCGCCAACGCUCUACACGCUCUGGUGGAGCUUCACGCAGCGCAAGUUCAUCGAGAGCACGGGCAAUGUCAUGUCCUUCAAGAACAUAUGCGGCGAGGCCGUGCGGGGUUGCUCUGUCACGGUCGUGGAUGCCCAUCGCACCAGGGAAGUGGGUGUUGUUGAUGGUGGGAAGGAAUCGACUGAGGCUGGAUUCGAAGGCGUGCAGGACGAGGAGGAGGAUGUGAUGGCUGAAUGGUGCGAGAGAUGUGCGAAUGUUUGGACGGACUUCAAGGGCCACAGGCCAUACCCAACGUACAUGCUCCCGUCGCCUGCGCCGACACCAGUACCGUGGACGAUGCCAUACGGCGCCACGUCGACCACCACCCCGGGCUUCGCCGCGCGUCCGGUCGCCACCGAAGCCCACCCCAUGCCUGUCAACACCAGCAUGGCGUAUCCGAGUCCGCCCACGAGCCCCGACACACCCGAGCAGUCUUACUCGACUUCGACGAGCCCGGCAUUGUCUGCAUCACUGUCGACGCCACCAGGUUUUGUCAACGCGAACAUCCGCAUCGCCUCACACAGCACUCACAGGACACCCCACACCAUUGAGCAAGAGUCCGUUGCCACCGUCGUGCUGCUGCCGAUGCAGAAGCAAACGGGCUGGUCGAGGGCUCACCGUCAAUAUCCGAUGCCAUCUCGACUGACCGCACCUCGGCGACGAAGAAGGCUAAGGGCCAGGACUCAAGUAUUCGCCAACAUCUCCGUAUGUCCCACCGUUGCCAUAUGGUGGUGUGCGCACCUUGCCUUAUGCAACGUCACCAUUCUACGACCAAGCCCAUGGACCAACUUCACCUACAUACUUGCCGACGUCACCGGCGCUGAACCUCACAUCACCGGGAUCAUAACGGCUCUGGUAGCUAUCCCACCUCCUGUGCCCCUUCCUGCGCCCCUGGGCCUUCCUGCUCCCCCCCCUGCUCCAGUCAACGCCCUGCCACCAGCCCGCUCAGGGGCACAGUUGAAGGCGGCAAUCAGCCCUAUCCUCAACACCCCGACAGAGGACAAAAUCCUCGCAAUUAACGGUGUCCUGCUGGAGGAGACCGCUGGGGUGGGUCACAGUGUGCUCCAGAGUUGGCGCUAUGUCAAGAAUCUCUUGGCAUGGUGGUUCGCCUGUUGCUGCCCUACCAUCAACGAGGAGCUCACUGGGCUCUCCAUACCGGAUGUCCGGGCGUCCUUGGGCUAUACAAAGGCCCUCAAUAAUGUGAAGGGCCAGUGCGUUAACCACAGACACAUGUUGCUGUGGGUAUUGGUACACUUCAUCCUAACAUUCGAUUUCUACCUUCGAAAUGAUCAUAGGACAUCCAGAAGAGCCAUCAGGGACCAUUUUGUGCUGGCCAAGGUGCUGCAACCUCUCGAGAACAAGAGCAAACCAAAUGCCUACCACUCCAUAGCCCUCGAUGUCUGCGCUCUUCAUCGGCUCAUAGAAAGCGCGAAGACAUUGCAAGUGAUGCAGUCCAGGUCUGCAACAUUCAUUAGAGGUCUGUACAGUCCCAUCUCCCCAAACGAGAGCAGGGCAUGGGGUGAUUCUGUGAGCAAGACAAAGCCAGCAGUGGAUGCAUAA